AUGCAGAAACGACGAACCGGCAGUCUGACAGCAAGGGACGGGAACGACGUGGUGAGGACAACCUGUCGUCCAAGAAGGGCGAAACAGCUGUAUCGCUGCGUUCCGACGGGCAAACAGACCCGUUCACCUAUGGGCUCCGUUGGAUCCGCAUCAGCACAGCAGCAGGUCUCUGGCUCGCUCUCUUCUUCGCCUCGUGUCUCAAUCGCGACGACUCAGGCGGAGGAGGAACCCCUUCUGCCAAUUUCCCGCUACCGGGGAGGACUCGAGGUGGCAGUGGCGGCGGGAGCAGAAAGUUUUCCAGCAGCAGCAGCAGCAGUGCGUUUACUGGCGGUCCUGACAGCUGAGACCGAUUGUUAG